UGGCCGAACGAUUCGCCGCCAGUAGCAGAAAUUAAAAUCUAAAUUUAAUUAUCGAUUUUCAGAAGGUUACUAGGAUAUUACCGCCGCUGAGUGUACUUCAGCUGAUCGAUUCCCUGUAGUAGCAGUGGAAAACUGGAAAACUCAAGCGCAGGCAGCGAACGCUGUCAUAUUAUAAACCGAACCGUUUUCUACAGUUAAAUCUUGUAAAUUAACAGUGUAAUCCUUAAGGAGUUUUAGCUGUGUAUAUAUUUAUAUAAUCCUUUACAACGCAACUUCCCCAUAUAAUUAGGCGACUACGCAUUUCAAUUAAGAAAUCGAGGUUCUAGAUUACUUUCGUGGGCUGAAAUACCUCUGGGAUACAUUCACGAUAAUAUGGUCUUCACAGGAGACGUGAAAUUCCAGAAGGAUGCAGCAGACCAGAAUUUCGAUUAUAUGUUUAAGUUGUUGAUAAUCGGAAAUAGUUCAGUUGGGAAAACGUCGUUUUUAUUCCGUUACGCAGAUGAUAGUUUUACAUCGGCUUUCGUUAGCACAGUCGGUAUAGAUUUUAAAGUAAAAACAGUGUUCAGGCACGACAAAAGGGUAAAACUACAAAUUUGGGAUACAGCAGGUCAGGAAAGGUAUAGGACCAUUACAACUGCAUACUACAGAGGCGCGAUGGGUUUCAUUUUAAUGUACGAUAUCACCAACGAGGAGUCUUUUAAUAGUGUUCAAGAUUGGGUUACGCAGAUUAAGACGUAUUCGUGGGAUAACGCUCAGGUGAUUCUAGUAGGGAACAAAUGCGACAUGGAAGACGAGCGAGUGAUUAGCUUCGAAAGGGGAAAGCAGCUUGCCGAGCAAUUGGGGGUGGAGUUUUUCGAAACAAGCGCAAAAGAAAAUGUAAACGUCAAGGCCGUCUUCGAACGACUCGUGGACAUCAUAUGCGAUAAAAUGUCAGAUAGCUUAGAUGCUGAUCCAACACUAGGAAGCGCAGGUAUAAUGCCAACUCGUCUAAGUAACGCACCCCAGGGUGCACAGGCUGCCAACUGUAACUGCUAAUAACCCCAUAAAAGAAUUUACAAUCCCACCACGACAUACAAUAUUCUGAAUUCAUUCAUACCUUUAACUACCUGUUGAUAUUGACCACGCUUAAUAUACUGGUAAACCUAAUAAUUGUAAAAAAAUGUAAUAACAAAAAUUGCUUUCUUUGGUAUAAAAACUAGACUGACAUUGUGAAAUGCGCCGUCGCGCGCAGAAGCUUAACUGUUUUCUCGUUUUAAGAAUGGACGUUGUUGUAAUUUAUGUUCAAAUUAGAUGUACGUGGAGUUUUGUAGUUCAGGAGUCACAUGAAGACGAGAUUUUGCUUAUCCUUAAAUGUUUAAAUUCCAAAACUACAUAAUAAGUAAGUAGCACAAGUUACUACGUUAAUUCGGUUAAUAUGUAAAAGACGCCACUGAGCUCAACACGUGGUGGCUUGCCUCUAGAAAAUUCAUCUCGAUAUUUUCAUGUGUGAUUUUUACCAUAUCUGGCCUAUGUUACUGAUAUAUCAUGUUAUGGGUUUAAAGUACCUUCUAAGAUAAUAUAGUGAAUGCUUUAUUGUACCAUUAAUUAAUAACACGUUACAUUAACCAAUUUAAAUCUGGUAUGUAUUACGGACUAGGCAAAAAGUUACAAUAUGUGUGAAUUUGUAAAUAUAGGAAUUGUAUGUAUAGGCAGUUAAGUUUAGAAAAUUCUGUUUAUUUUUGUUACGUUGUAAAAAUCCCUGUUAAUAGCCGCUUAGUAGUUAUAUAAGUCUGGUAUCAACAACGUGACAUUGUAUAUUUAUAAGUAUGUGAAACAUUACCAAAACCAUAAGAAACAGCGCAAGUGUAGCAAUUCAUUCUUUUGUCUGGAGCACUUCCUCAUGUGAGAAAAGGGGGUGCUUUCAACAGUGUUCCCACACCUUAUCAGUUCUAUACAGCCCUUGGACUAUAACUAGAUCUAGCCUAAUGUACCUUUAAUGUUCUUAAGUCAGCUGGAGUAUUGUCAAUUAACUUUACUUAGUGCCGUAGAUUGUGUGAACAAAUCAUUGUUGGUUUAGUAACUUUAAUUAUAAUGAAAAGAUCCACAAAGUCAUUAUCUUCUACAUGUUUUAAUAUCCAGCUGAAGAUCUGUUACACGAAUCUGUGCCUCACAUAAGUUGCCAUGGAGUGACCGUGACUUUGGAUAGGACUACAUCCAAAAUGGAAGAUCGCACAUUUACAUCCUUCUCAAUGAUUGACGUUAAAUGUUUUUGUCGUUGAGCAAUUUCGAUUACGAUGUUAAAUAUCUUUAGAAAAGAUCGUGUGCUUUUCAAAGGAAAGUAAAACGUAUGUUAUGUUAUGAAUGGAAUGUACAAUACUAAAUAUUAUUUUGUGAAUUAGUGUAUCAGAAUAAAUAACGUAAUGUCAAAAGGA